CGUUUAUUAUCAUGUCCUUCCUGUAGCAAGUUCUAGCAACUGCAGCUGAGAAUGUGUGUAAACACCAACUUUAAUUGGAUCAGAAAAACAAUACCAGUAUUUAGUAAACAAUAGUAUAUAAAACCGUUGAAAAUGCUUAUGUUUUGUCCAACUUGUGGGAAUGUUUUAAUCGUGGAGGAAGGACAAAGAUGCUUCAGAUUCGCGUGUAAUACAUGCCCAUAUGUGCACAAUGUCACGAGGAAGGUAAAUUGCAGGAAGUACCCCAAACUGAAGGAGGUUGAUGAUGUUCUUGGGGGCGCUGCUGCUUGGGAAAAUGUUGAUUCUACUCCAGAACCUUGUCCAAAAUGCGAACACCCACGGGCCUACUUUAUGCAGAUUCAAACUAGGUCUGCUGAUGAACCAAUGACAACUUUCUACAAGUGCUGCAAUAUACAAUGUGGUCAUCGUUGGAGAGACUAAAUCAGUCUUGGACUUUGAGACUCAAAAUAUGUGUUAAUAAUAAAAUAUUCUGUUUUCA